CUUGUGGGCACCUGAAAAGUACAAAACGAAGUCUGGGGACAGUUCAAAGGCGCUUAAGUUGACCAGUGGCAAUUUUUGUUUCCCGCCCCCCUGCACACGCGAAAGCGCUUGCGCUGCCAUUGGCUCCCGCUGGGGGUGAGUCCGGAACCUGCGAGCCCUAGAACUUUCCACUCUGAGCUCCAAGUUGCGCUACGCGCAUCCUUGCUGUGCGUUUCCUAGCGGCUCUCUCGUCUUACUUGCAGCUUGUGUCCGGAGUAGCAGACAGCCAUGGUGGCCCCGCGGGCCUGGCGCUGACAGACCCUGGAGCAGUGUCUCAUAGAGGUCGGCAAAGCCACCGGCUGGCACCAGUGCAUCCUCACGAUUCAAGAUGGACUGGCAUCAAAGUUCACUUCUUUAACAAAAGCACUUUAUGACUUUAAUAAAAUUAAUUAGAGAAUAGUGGGAUCCGUGGAAGCCCUUUAUAAAAACUUGUGAUAGAAAGUUUUGAUGAUGAGCAGACUUUGCAACAACUGGAAAUGCAAAAUGAACCAAUUUUACAACACUUCCAAAAUGCAGUUAGUGAAACGCAGAUGAAGAUAUCAGUCUUCUCCCAGAGAGUGAAGAACAGGAGCGUGAAGAGGCUGGUUCAGAGACAGAGGCUGGUGGCCAGGAGGACCUAGAAGAUUUAGAGGAGAAAGAGGAAGUGUCAGAUAUGGGUGGUGACAAUCCUGAGGUGGGUAAGAAAGCUAAAAACUCAAGCAAAUUUGAACUGAGGAAAAGCCCAGUUUUCAGUGAUGUGGAUUCUGACCUUGACUUUGAUAUCAACAAAUUGGAACAGCAGAGCAAGGGGCAACACAAAGGACUUGGAAAACCAAGAGAAGAGUCCACAGUAGACGAGAAAUUCUCCCAACUCUCUGAAAUGGAGGCCGAUUUAGAAAAAGAAAAAGAAGAGGAACAAAAAGAUCAUAAUGAUGAUGAGUCAGGUGAAAGUUCCAGAAAUGUGAGGUACAAAGAUUUUUUUGAUCCAGUUGAAAGUGAUGAAGACAUAGCAAGUGAUCAUGAUGAUGAGCUGGGUUCAAACAAGAUGAUGAAAUUGCUGAAGCAGCAGCAGCAGAACUAAGCAUUUCUGAAAUGUGAGUAUUUUGAACCAUCCUUUACAUUGUGA